UUUAAAUGGUAGAGGAGAAAAUCUGAAUUCAUUCAGGGAUUAAUACAGUACAGGCACAAUGAUUACCAAAUGCUGGAUGCUGUUGUUCUAUCUGUGUUACCAUUAUGAGAUCAUGCCAGCUGCAUUUACACCUACCUGGAUGACUCGGCAGUUCCCUUGUGAUGUCAUAUCCAACAAAACAUCAAAUACAGUCAAAUUUGACUGUAAAGGCCGCCAUCUAGAGGAAGUACCAGAAGGGAUAACCAGUAAUGCCACGGAUCUCGACUUAUCAGAAAAUUUUAUUAAGAGUAUUAAAGAUGAAUCAUUUUCUAAACUGACAAAUCUGACUCAGCUCAAUCUCAACUGGGCAAACAAAUCCAAGGACGGUUAUGGAUGCAGACUAUUGAACAUUUCUGCAAGGGCUUUCAAAAAUCUCACAAAAAUCAAGCAACUACAACUGAGCGGCAACUGUCUGACUGAAAUUCCACGCAAUCUCCCCCACAGUGUGGAAACACUUGAGCUAGAAAUUAACAAGAUUAGUUUGGAUAAAUUACAUGACAACAGUUUUAUUGGUUUAAAAAAAUUAACAAACCUGUUUCUAUCUAAAAAUUGCUACUUCUGGAAUCCCUGUGGGAAGUCUGUUGCUAUUAUGGAAAAACCCUUUCAAAUACUGGACAAACUGAAUGCUCUGAACUUGUCUUUCAACAACUUAACACACGUUCCUAAAGGACUACCCCAGUCAAUUACAAUUUUAGAUCUGGAUUCCAACAAAAUAGAGUACAUAACUAAAGAUGAUUUCCAAGGAUUGCCAAAUUUAAAAGUCCUUGAUAUACAAGGCAACUGUCCAAGAUGUCACAAUGCUCCGUACCCUUGUGUUCCUUGCCCUAACGGUUCUAUUGCCAUACAUUCUGAUGCAUUUCAAAGACUGACACAGCUGGAGAUACUGAACCUGGGAGGAAACUCACUAAAUUACCUUAAGCCCUCUUGGUUUCAAAGUCUAACAAAUCUUAAAGUAUUAUAUCUGGCAUUUAAUUUUUUACUAAAAUCUAUAACUGGUGAGGAACCAUCUUUUGAGGCAUUUAGUUAUCUUCACAGGCUAGAAAAACUUGACCUGUCGUUCAAUUAUGCUGUCGGAUUGUACCCAGAAAAAAUAACACUUUCACAAAACUUUUCAAACCUCAGGUCACUGAAAACUUUGCAUUUGGAGGCUUUGGUAUUCCAGAGAAUUGGACCAGACACACUCACACCUCUGUACAAUCUGAAAAAUCUAUCUGCUUUGAAUUUAGGCACUAAUUUCAUUAUUUACAGCAACUCUACUUUAUUCAGCCAUUUCUCCCACGUAAAAAUGAUAUAUCUCUCAGAAAACAGGUUAUAUCCCACCACAAUAGAAAGUCCACCAACUCUAACGGACAGAUACAACCAGAAUUCAGACCUUUCUAUUUCACCGUCCAUAACAACUCCU